UGAUCAUGAUGAUCAUACUGAUCACUUACUGCAAACUGAUGAAGAAUGUCAGUUAAAGAAUUAGUUACAACAGUUAGCUUAGUUGUUACUUUUUGUUAUUAGCUUGUUCCUUAAAUACAGGAAAGUUAGUUAGUAUAUUACAGAUUGUAAUAGCCUAUAAAAGGCAGCUUGAGUUCACAGAAUCUCAUUCAUUUUCAAUUCUAAUAAAACAAUUCCCUUCUCCCUUCUUCUCUAAAUCUCCUUGAUCACUUCUUUGCUGAUCUUUAACAUGGUAUCAGAGCGGGUGAGUAAUUCAUGCUGCUACUGAGUUUUUUUUUCUUCCGCAAAAGACACUUCAUGAACAAUUGAAGUUCAUAUUUUGUAAAGUUUUUUUCGAUCAAAUUUCUGCAGUUCAAUCUUGAGAGUUUGAUCAGAUUCUUUGUGUUUCUUUCUUAGUUCAAAUUUCUGCAGUUAAAUCUUGAGAGUUUGAACAUAUUUCUCAUUAAAACACAUUCAUAAUGCCAGAAAAUUUGCCAGCAACUUCUGAUCCUAACUCACCAUAUUAUAUCAAUCCUUCUGAAAAUUCUUCUUUGCCAAUUGUUUCUGAAAAAUUCAAUGGAGAAGGUUAUGGUGAGUGGAAGAGAAGUAUGUUGAUUGCUUUGGCCACAAAAAAUAAGUUGGGAUUUAUUGAUGGAACCUUGGUUAAGCCAAGUGUUACAGAUCCUACAUAUUCUGCCUGGCAGAGAUGUGAUGCUAUCAUCAUUUCAUAUAUUUUGCGUUCUCUUGAGAACUCUAUUGCACGUAGCGUGAUAUUCCUUGGUACUUCCUCUGAGAUUUGGAAGGAUCUUGAGGAGAGGUUUUCACAAACUUCAGGCCCUCAACUUUAUACAUUGCAGCAAGCACUGGCAGAUCUCAAGCAAGGAUCAGAUAUUUCAAUAACUGAGUUCUUUACUCAAAUAAAGGCAAUCUGGGAGCAAAUUAAUCAGAUGAAUCCUUUGCCUGUUUGUAUUAGUGCUGGGUGUACUUGUACACAAAUUUUUCUGAAACAACAACAAGAAGAGAGACUAGUUCAAUUGUUGAUGAAACUGGACAACAAGUUUUCCACUGUCAGGUCUAGCAUAUUGAUGAUGCAACCUUUGCCAUCAAUUUCUUUGGCAUAUAAGCUCUUGAUUCAAGAAGAAAAACAAAGGCAAGCUAGUCUUGUUGAUGAAGAGCAAUCUGGAAGAGUGAUGGCCUUUGCAGCAGAUUACAAGAAGUCAUUUAAACAACAAGGAUAUGGUCCAAAAAUGACAUUUCAGGGUGGAAAUGGAGGUAAUAAACUGACAAUCACUGGUAAAAGAAGUGGUGCUGUGAUCUGUGAUCAUUGUAAAAUUCCAGGUCAUACCAUGGACAAGUGCUAUAAGUUACAUGGUUAUCCACCAAGUUUUGGCAAUAGAGCUAAGGGUAGAAAAUAUGCUGCUAUUGCACAAAAUGAAGGAGAUGGUGAUUCUGUUGGUGAUCAGAACAGUCUUGUGACACAUCUUUCAAUGGAGCAGUACAAUACCCUCAUUAAGGUUCUUCAAUCUCAGGAAGUUGACACACACACUGAGUCACAGGUUCAUGUGGCAGGGUCCAGCAUUGACACACUCUCUGGUUCUUGGUAAUCUUACUGCUGGUCUCUAUGCAGUUGAGGAGGGUAAAGUGAAUCAACAAGUUGCAGUAGCAGAACUUUCCCAGAAUAAUGAAGAAGAAGCCAAGCUUUGGCACUUGAGACUAGGACACAUGCCUUUCAAUAAAAUACAUCUUGUUCACCCUUGUUUAAGUAGCAAGAUAGGCUCAGAUGUUGUGUGCCAAGUAUGUCACAAAGCAAGACAACCUAGGCUUAGUUUUUCUGUCAGUAGCAGUAAAACAAAUAAGGCUUUUGAUCUAUUACAUAUAGAUACUUGGGGACCUUAUAAAAUCAAAACUUAUGAUGGUUUUAGUUACUUUCUUACUGUUGUAGAUGAUUACUCAAGAAAUACAUGGACAUUUCUCAUGAGAA